AAAAUAUGGUUCCAAAAUCGUAGAAUGAAAUGGAGGAAUUCCAAAGAAAGAGAACUGCUUGCAGCAGGUGGAUCCCGAGAACAGACCUUGCCCAACAAGAACAAUCCACACCCCGAUCUGAGCGAUGCUGACGGGGACAAGCCAAAGCUCGACUUGAGCGACGUACAGGACAUUUCACCAGCUAAUUCUCCUAUCGACCAUCAGAGGGAAACAGGUCUGAAUAACACAGGACACUGUGCUCCUGUAAAUUAUCAUAUGUUUGAUGCGGUGGAUUACGAGAGCUCUAAUGAUAGCGACGAAGAAAUCAACGUUACUUGAUUUGUCAUCAAGAAAAGAAUCAAAGAAAUGUAAUGACGAACUGUACAAAAAUGUUAGUUCUCGACUGGAGUUGGCACUAGCGUCACCUAGCGACAUGACUAUGAAACUGCUUGAGUGUAAAUAGAAAUAGGGAUCUUUUUUCUGAUGUAAUGAUAUGUUUCACAGGAACGAAUUUGUAUGAAUAC